AUGUCGAAGCGCAAAAUGGACCAGCUAAAUAAAUUUCCAAACGAAAUCUACUGGGCUGAUGGACCACAGAAGCGUACGAAACCUGAUGCUACUGAAGACGAUGUUGAAAUGAAAGAUGCCACUAGCAACCAUGUCGAACUUGAAUCUAGAGAAGAUAAAGCGACAUCUGACGAAAUGGAUAUUUCCCGUACGGAUAUCGCGGCUGCUUUUCCUCGAGAGAUGAUCGAAGAACUUGGUAUUCCACAGUUAUGGGCAAAACGCUGCGAUAGCCCCGCCCCGUCACCACUCAGUGACGACCUGUGUGUUGUAUAUACUGUCACGAAUUCCACUAUCAACAGAUACGAAAAUGUUGAAAAUCACGAAGAGCUUCAUAUUGGGGACGUAGAGUUAGAAGUUGAGGGGACGUAUAACACUGCAAAAUCUGCUAAUUCGCGAGUCAUGGAAGUAUUCUACGAUACCUGUAUAGCACAUGGCUGGAAUCUCGAUUUUGAGAUGAAUAGAGUUGAGACAAGCGAGUAUCCUAAACCUAGUAAAGUUGAAUGGUGGAUAGACUCUGAUGGGCUCCUGUCGCUGCGGGCUACCCAUAAGCAUAACCACGAGCUUUGUCUAGUCUGCGCCACUAAAGAGUAG